AUUCUUUUUAUAGUGUCGAAUGUAGCACAGAGAGUUUCCGCCGCUGUUCUGCUUCAAAACUAAUUGAGCUCCUUUCUUUAUAGGAUUGCUUCUUCAUCACCCAUGAAAAUCGAUGGAGAAUUAUCUGGGCAUUAUCUUGCAGAAAUGCAAAACUGUAAAUCAAUUGAAACAGACCCAUCUUCAAGUACUCAUCAAUGGCUUAAAACAUAGCAAUUUUCUAGCUGUCAAGCUCAUUUCACUUUCCUCAGACUUCAUCUCUCUCGAUCACGCAGUCAAACUGUUCGGCGAUUUGCCGAGCCCAAAUCUCAUAUCCCACAACAUUCUGAUGAAAUGCUCGAUUGGGAAGUCUCACAAAACCGCCGCCGCCGCUUACAACCGAUUGCGAGAGUUGGGCAUAUCGCCAAACAGCUUCACCUUCACAUUUCUGCUCAGCUGUUUCGCGUCGUUUGGUAAGCUUCGAUGCGGCGAGAUCGUGCACGGUAAUGUUUUAAAGAUUGGGUUCGCGCCGUCGAGCGUGUUUGUGAUGAACAAUCUCUUGGAUUUCUACGGUAAAUGCGCGGCGGAUUUGGGGGUAGUCGCGAAGGUGUUCGAUGAAAUGCCUGAGAGGGAUGUUGUCUCGUGGAACACGAUGAUUAGGUCUUACAUGAGCUAUGGCGACGUGGCUCGCGCGAUGAGGUUGUUCGAGGCGAUGCCGGGGAAGAAUUUGGUGUCAUGGAACACCGUCGUGUCGGGGCUCGUGAAGGCGGGCAAGAUGGAGGCGGCGGAUGAAGUUUUCCGACGGAUGCACGAGAGGAAUAGCGUCUCGUGGAACGUGAUGAUCUCGGGCUACGUCAAGCUGGGCGAGGUGGGGAGCGCGAGGGAGGUGUUCGAUCAAAUGCCCGAGAGAAGCGUGGCUUCGUGGACCGCGAUGGUUUCAGGUUACGCGGCGAGUGGCGACAUCGGCAAUGCGAGAAAGAUGUUCGAUGAAAUGCCGUCGAAAAAUGUGAUCUCGUGGAACGCUAUGAUCGCCGGCUGCGUCAGCAACAACCGUUUCGACGAAGCUUUAGCGGUUUUUCAAGAGAUGCUAGUCGAUGGCGGAUGCAGGCCGGAUCAGACGACACUGAUCAGCGUCCUCUCGGCCUGCACGCGAUUGAACUCGCUCGAGCACGGGAGGUGGAUCGAGUCGUACACGAGGAGGAACAAAUUCGAGCUCUCGCUGCCCCUAGGCAACGCUUUGAUAGACAUGUUCGCGAAGUGUGGGGAUCUAGAGAGCGCGUUGAUCAUCUUCGACAAGAUGCCUCGGAGAUGCAUCAUCACCUGGACCUCAAUGAUCUCGGGGCUGGCCGUCAACGGCCGCUGCAGGGAAGCCCUAACCCUCUUCGACACCAUGUGUGUGGAAGGCCAGAAGCCCGAUGAUGUCAUCUUCAUCGCGGUCCUCUCAGCCUGCGCCCACGGAGGGCUGGUCGAAGAGGGGAAGGCGUUGUUCAAUCAAAUGGUGCACGAUUUUGGUAUUGAGGCGCGGAUUGAGCACUACGGGUGCAUGGUCGACGUUCUUGCCCGAGCCGGGCGGAUAGAGGAAGCGAUCAGGUUUACGGAGAGUAUGCAUUUGGAGGCUAAUUCUGUGAUUUGGGCAACUUUGUUGUCUGCUUGCAAACUCCAUGGGAAUAGGGAUUUGAUGGAGGUCUUGAACAAAAAGAUUUUGGAACAAGAGCCUUAUGAUCCCAACUAUUUGAAGCUCAUCACAGACUUGAGCUCCUCUGCUGGCCGGUGGCAGGAGGCCUCGAUUUUUCGGGUGGCUGCUCGAGAGCGGGGGAGGGAGAGAGUCACCGGUUGCAGCUCGAUUCACGUCGGAGAAAGUGUUCAUGAAUUUGUGGCUAAAGAUACCAGCCAUCCACAGAGAAUGGUGGUUUAUGGAGCUUUGAGGAGUUUGAAUAGGCAAAUGAAGCCUCUAUUUGGUGUCAAUAUGGAACUCCUUGAUUCACUUGUGGUCAUGGGGUGUUAAGUUAAUAGGGUCGGAGUCGAGCUGAGCUGAAUACUAGCAGCUUGUUUGAUUAUCAACAAAGUUGGAGCUUGAACGAGCUUUUAUCGAAUCGAAUGAUUGCGAGCAUUUGAUGUAUUGGAUGUGCUCGGUAGAACAUUGAACUAGAGGAUAUAUUUAUGGAACUAAUAUUUGGCCAUAACCACAUAAAUGAUGAGAAACCAUUAUAGU